CUUGCAUUUCGAACUCAAGGUUGUGGGAUUUCAACACACAUUCCCAUGGCUUCCCACAAAUUCUAUUGCAUUGCCUUGUUUGUGCUUGUGUCUGGUUUGGGCAUAUGUUCUGCUAGAAGAGCUCUUCUUACUCUUCCUGAGACCGUGGGACAUGUUCCUGUUGCUGUUGGUUAUGGUGGUGGAGGUGGAGCCGGGGGAGGCAGCGGUUCUGGAGCUGUAGGUGGUGUGACGGGAUAUGCGAGCGGUGGUGGAAGUGGAGAGGGUGGCGGUGCAGGCUAUGGAGGAGCUGCUGGAGGACAUGGCGGCGGUGGCGGUAGUGGCGGUGGAGCUGCUUACGGCGCAGGAGGUGCACAUGCCGCGGGAUAUGGAAGUGGGGGUGGUGAAGGAGGUGGUGCCGGAUAUGGUGCAGGUGGUUAUGCUGGAGGAGGCGGCGGAGGUAGUGGUGGUGGAGGAGGUGGUGGAUCUGGAGCCGGAGGUGCUGGUUAUGGAGGCGGAGAAGGAGGUGGUGCUGGUGGCGGCUAUGGUGCUGGAGGAGCGGGCGCUGGUGGAGGAGGAGGGGGUGGAGGGAGUGGAGGAGGAGGGGGAGGAGGUUAUGCUGGGGGAGCAUCCGGUAGUGGAUAUGGCAGUGGAGGAGGAGCUGGUGGGGGGGCCGGUGCUGGUGGACAUGCCGGGGGUGGCGGUAGCGGCUCUGGCGGAGGCGGUGGAGGGGCCUCUGGUGGCGGGGGAGCAGCCUAUGGCGGUGGUGCUGGUAGCGGGGAAGGUGGUGGCCACGGCGGUGGCUACAUUCCUUGAGGAUGCUUUCCCAAGGUCAUUGAAAGCUAAGACGGAAGCCUUUUCUUGCCAUAUAAGUAACAGCAAAAAUAAGAUUAAUUCGGCUAAGAAGAGGCUGGUGAAGUUAUUAAUGUAUUGUAUCGAGGCAAGAUGUAUGUGCUAAUCAUGAAUGUGUAUUUCAUUUCGUGUUUAAGUUGGAUGAAGAACUUAAAUUUCUUUUUA